GGACCUACAGGGCUGCGCUUGUUGCUCUCAAAGAUUGUCCGCUUCCGCUUGGUUGGGCCACGCGGUUUUGGGCUGUGGCGAGACAAACGGCAGCCGAUAUGCCUGGUAAUGGUAUCUAACAAAGUUGCCAUGUCUGGAGCCUUGUGCUUCAUGACCCAUCUCCUCUUAACUCAUUCCUACCUCGUCUGCUUGUUGCUGUUCUAAUUCCCAUAAUCUUUUUGACUCGUUCAAUUCACAUCCUUUCAUUUCCAUUUCCGUUUCCCGGGUCCCGCAGCCCAAGAUGGUUACACGUCUUGAGCUGGCGGUGGAUGCUCAUGAGCUGGCCAGUGAACAGCGUGCCCUCCUCGAUCUCAUUGACAAGCUUCAGUUUGCUCAGCUCGACAAUGUCAAGCUACCACAAAUCAUCGUGGUCGGUGACCAGAGUGCUGGAAAGAGCUCGGUCCUCGAGGCCAUUACCGGAACCCCUUUUCCCCGCGAUGCGGGCGCCUGCACCAGGUUCGCGACCGAGAUUAGGCUACGGAGAGCGCCCCAGUCGAGCAUCACCGUCUCCGUGAUUCCAGACAAGAACCGCAGCUUCGCCGAGCAGGAGCAGUUGAGACAGUUUGGCGGAAUGGUCAACGCCGGCAUGCCCUUCGAACAUCUAAUGAAAGCUGCCGUCGACCUCAUCGCUCCCAAGAACAUUCCUGGCCGAUUUGCGGCGCGUGACAUUCUAGUCGUCGAGAAACGCGGCCCAGAUAUGCCUCUACUGACCCUAGUAGAUCUGCCUGGCCUUGUACGCAAUGCGAACAACGACCAGUCUCCGGAAGACAUCAAGACAAUUGAAGCCUUGUCGGACCGAUACAUGAGGAGCUCUCGUACCAUCAUCCUGGCUGUCGUCGGUGGGAAUUCCGACUAUGUGCAGGCUCCUAUUCUCACCAAGGCACGCCACUUCGAUCCGAGUGGAUCCAGAACCAUUGGCGUCUUGACGAAGCCUGAUCUCACAGAGUCCAUUGGACUCGAAGAUAAGUUCCUCGAUUUGGUCCAAAACAAGGACAAGAGAAACGAGUUUAGGCUUGGCUGGUAUGUCCUCCUGAACCCGGGGCCUCGGGAGCCGGGUCAGCCUUGGCCCUCCGUCGAGGAGCGUCGCCGAGUCGAGGCAGCCUUCUUCAACCGGGGGAAAUGGGCCUCGCUCGCAAGGUCAAUCUGCGGUACUGCCGCCUUGAUGCAGAAACUCAGCGUACAGUUACAGCAGCACAUCGGAAAGCACGUUCAUACCCUCCGCAAACAGAUCCAGAAGGCCCUCGACGCCUGCGAUGCCGAACUCGCAUCCCUCGGCACCGCCAAAGACACCCCAGAAGAGAUGCGCGUUGAGCUUGUCGAACUCUUCUCCGCGUCCAAGGAACUGGUAAUUCCAGCGGUCUAUGGUUUCUAUAAGAAUCCGCCUAAGAAGAACUUCUUCCGCGUAACGGCGGAUCCAAGAGGGACCCCUGUGCAGAAUCUCCGCGCCCGCGCUAUUGAGGAAAACGACCGCUUUUCACAAGGCGUACGAGCACACGGCCGCAAGUUCAACUUCUCUGCAUCCGCUUCGCAGCUGCCCGGUGAGCAGGUUCCUACUGAUGCCGUCAAACGGGACUUCAUCCGCAGCGAAGUUGAACCGCUGCUGCGUCAGGUCCGCGGGUCUGAACUUCCCAUGGACCCCAAACCGAGGGCCGUUUACAUGCUCUUCCAGAGUUACUCUGAGAAAUGGCCCAAGCUAGCUCAGGAGCACAAGGACAACCUUGGGGUCGUGUGUAACGAAUUUCUCAGCGAGCUCAUUGACUACGCUUGGCCGAAACGUAUGCGCGAGCCCCUUCGCCGCCAUUUCCUGGAGCCCAAAAUGAAGGAGCUGAUGGGUAACGCUCAGCACGAGCUGGAUCUUUUGAUGCAUGAUAUGAACCUCGAAGUUCAACCGCAUGACCCCGAGUACGAAGAGCGUUUGAGAAACUGGCACGCCAGCAUUUCCAACGCGGGCGCAACCUUCUCCGAGGCCGAGGAGGUGCUGGAAAAAAUGCUUAUCUACUACGAUCUGGCUUCCAAGUCAUUCAUUCGGAACGUCAUUACACAAGUGGUAGAGCGUCAUCUUCUCCAAGGCAUAUACAGCAUGUUCAAUCCGGCUAAAGUCCUCGAGUUGAGCAACGAAGUCAUUGAAGCAAUUGCUGCUGAGAACAAGGAGACCCGGGACCGGCGUCAGACCCUCAAAGUUCAGAAGAAAUCCAUCGAAGAGGCCAAGGAGAUCUGUGCCAGCCUUGCCAUGCGCAAGGAACUCAGAACAGUAAGUCAUUCAGCCAUCCCAUCCUUAGGGCAAAGCUGACCCAUCUCAGCCUGUUGAUGGUGGCGGCUUCGAUGAUGCGGAAGACACCAGUAACGACGAAGAAGACGCCAACGCCAGCGAGAAAGCAGUCCGCAUGAGACCGCCUCCCAGCCCCUCGUCCCCCAGACAAUCCCGGCGUGCAAGGCCUCCUUCAGCGGGAGAACCC